GAGGAGAGAGACUCUACGCGCAGACAGACAGCAGCACGGCAGCGCGCAGGGUAACACGAUUAGCGCUCUAUUAGGUCCAACACUGCGCUCUAUAGAUGCAGCACAGGGAUCACUGUGAGGGGAGAGAGAGGAGACACGGAGGGGACACUUCACGCUUUAUCCGCCACAUGGAUCUGCUUUGCUUCUUAUUGAUCUGCUCCCAGAAGUUCCACACUGCCUACUGUCUGAAUGUCCGUGCGUCUCUGGCACCGGAGAGGCUGUGUCACCGGCUUCAGAUGAACUGAUAGAAAAGAUAAGAGCGUAUCUUGGAGGAGCCGUUCAUGAUGAAAGAGAAAAAUCCGGGAAAGCCUCAGAGGGCUGAUUCACUCGCUUCCUUUCUCCUCCCUGCUGUGAGCUGCUAGCUCCUCUCUUCCGGGGGAUGAUAUUUGUUAACCUCAGGUGAACUCAAACAGAAAGUGGGCCAAUCUGCUCUGAUGGGGUUUGACAACCACACCAACCGGACUCUUCCAGGCGCGGCCGCUUACAGCCUGCAGGUCUCGCUGCCGCUCACCGUGCUGGUGGGAAUAAUGAUCCUGCUCACUGUGUUUGGGAACGUGCUGGUGGUCAUCGCUGUGUUUACAAGCCGGGCCCUCAGGGCUCCGCAGAACUUAUUCUUGGUGUCUCUGGCAUCAGCGGACAUCUUGGUGGCGACCCUGGUGAUGCCUUUUUCUUUAGCCAAUGAGCUGAUGGGAUACUGGUACUUUGGCGAGGUGUGGUGUGAGAUCUAUCUGGCUCUUGAUGUUCUUUUCUGCACCGCCUCCAUCGCUCACCUGUGUGCCAUCAGCCUGGACCGCUACUGGUCCAUCACACAGGCCAUCCAGUACAACCUGAAGAGGACUCCAAGACGCAUCAAGUGCAUCAUCUUCAUCGUGUGGAUCAUCGCGGCGGUGAUCUCCUUCCCGCCUCUGAUCACCAUGGAGAAGGAGCAGAACAGCGAGGAGGAGCCUGUGUGUAAGAUUAACAACGACAAGUGGUACGUAAUCUCCUCCUGCAUCGGCUCCUUCUUCCUCCCCUGCCUCAUCAUGGUGCUCGUUUAUGUGCGGAUCUACCAGAUCGCCAAAAAGAGGACACGGGCGCCACCGGGGGACAGGAAGCGGAAGGAGAGCCCAAAGACAGUGACUACUGCAAACCGGAAGGAGAACGGCAUAGGCGCUGGUGACGCAGAGAAGCUGAAUGGCGAGCGGGACAUUGAGCUGAGGGAGGAAGCGGGAGGAGAAGGAGGAGCAGAGGAGGAGAAGGGCGAGGUGAACGGGAUGGAUCUGGAUGAUUCGUCCUCCUCGGACCACAAAGUGACUCCUUGCUCCAUCAAAAAGAAAUCCACAAAGGAGAAAACUAAACUGAGCCAAAUCAAACCGGGGAACUGUGACGUCCAAAAGCGCGAGCCGAGCACGAAGGGCAGCCGCUGGAAGGGCCGGCAGAACCGCGAGAAGCGCUUCACCUUCGUCCUGGCCGUGGUCAUUGGAGUGUUUGUGGUUUGCUGGUUCCCCUUUUUCUUUACCUACAUGCUGAUGACGCUGUGUGACUCCUGCCCCGUGCCCGACACGCUGUUCAAGUUCUUCUUCUGGUUCGGCUACUGCAACAGUGCGCUGAACCCCAUCAUCUACACCAUCUUCAACAACGACUUCAGGAGGUCGUUCAAAAAGAUACUGUGCAGGAGGGACGCUCGAGGAUACGUAUGAUGGACUCCAUCUUUGUGUACAUACUUUGUUUGUUUUUUUAACAUCAACUGUGAAGUACAUCGACCAUCAUGCAUGAGCUUUUUAUCGCUCAGGGUGUAACUGCUUGGAGAGGAUGAGCUUUACGUGCAGCAUCUUUUCAAAAACAUCCACCACCAAGGCUUCAACACACACACACACACACACACACACACACACACACACACACACACACACACACACACACACACACACAGAGGUCUAAACAGCAGAGCAGCACAUCGAACCAUGUUUUUAUUGUAAAUGUUACUUUUUAUUUUUUAUUUUUUAUAAAUGAACCUACAUAGUUAAGUCAUGAUAUGUGUUGUACUUAAUAGCUGUGUGUUGUACAAAACUGUCUGGAUAUUUGUCUCUAUUUUUGUUGUUAUGGAUUCAGUAUUGUGCCAUUUCUAUGAUAUUAUAUGAUGACGAUGAUGGAAACUAAAGGAAAAAUGGUGGCUCUUGAAACAAUAAAAAAACAUUUCUUUAUUGAU